UUGUCUCAGGGACUUUCCAAAAUCCUGCACGCUUGACAGUCAAAUUGCUGGAGCGCCUGCCACUGUAUAAAUAGGUACACAUUCUCCAUUCAUGCCUGCCACUCACACUCAAAUCUCCCCAUCUCAAUUGCCAUUAUUCCAGCUUUUCUUGCCAAUAGCUACCAUCCAGAAAAAUGGCAAGUAUUAAAACCCUUGUUCAAUCACAAGACCUCAAGUCCCUCCCUUCUGAAUUUGCUCAUUUUAAGGAUACCCAAGAAUCCAUCCGAACGGGACCUGAAGUUUCAGUUCCCGUCAUUGACUUUUCGCUGCUCAGCUCAACAGAUCCUGAUGAACGUGCCAAAGUCAUCCUAGACCUUGGUAAAGCCUGCGAGGAAUGGGGCUUCUUCUUGGUGGUAAAUCAUGGCAUACCGGAAAACCUAAUCAGCGCAUUGUUUAAUGUGUGUAAUGAGUUUUUCGAUAUGCCAGAGAAGGAGAAGUUGCAGUUCGAAAACAAACAUCCUUUAUAUCCAGUCAUGGUCAGAUCUGGCACCAUUGAUGGCAAUGAUUCCAACCAGAAAGUCAAGUUAUGGAGGGAUUAUUUGAGGUUUUUCGUGCAUCCAGAGUAUCACUGUCCCACUAAACCCAAAGCGUUGAGUGAUAUUGUCCUGGAAUAUUCUCGGAGAACCCGAGAUUUGGCAAAGAAAUUACUUGGAGGGAUAUCACAAAGCCUUGGCCUGGAAGAAGAUUAUAUUGAGAAAGCCAUGGAAUUGGACUCAAGUACUCAAAUCUUUGCCGCAAACUACUAUCCUCCCUGUCCUCAGCCUGAAUUAGCAAUAGGCAUUCCACCCCACACAGAUCCUGGCCUCUUGACCUUUCUCCUUCAGAAUGGAGUAGAAGGCCUUGAGAUUCAGAAUAAGGGAAAGUGGUUUCAGCUUACUGGCAUUCCAGGCGCCAUUUUUGUCAACACUGCGGACCAGCUCGAGAUAAUGAGCAACGGAAAGUACAAGAGCGUUUGGCACAGAGCUGUUUUGAAUAACAAAAAGACAAGAAUGUCCUUGGUGGUGGCCAAUGGUCCAUCACCGGACACCAUUGUCACCCCUGCUCCACCGCUACUGCGUGAAACUCCAGCCGCUUAUGGUCCAAUGAAGUACAUGGAAUAUGUGCAAGUGCAACGAAGUUCCCGACUUAAUCAGAAACCCACCUUGGAUCAACUUAAGUUGCACUAAUUGCAUGUCCUGUAUAUAAUAACGAGCUACAAAUUAUCUUUGUUUCGGGUGCCUGUUUCGUGCCCUCUUGUGUGGCUCUACCAAACUAUAUAUCCAAUUACAUGACUUAAUCUACUA